AUGGCUCCGCUGUGGCUCUGUCUCUGCGUCUGCCUCCAGAUCCCAGGCUUCUGUACAAAUCUACUUUUAUCCCAGACUCCAGGGCGUAUUUUAGCCCAAACCAACAAUGAAACAGCAAUCUUCUGUGAGCUGAAGGAAGAGCACGCUGGCGUGUACUGGUACCGCUGGAUCCAGGAGAUGCAAAAUUUCCAGUUCUUGGUAUAUUCCAGCCCGUUGGGCAAAGCCAUCUAUGGUGCAAACAUCAGCCAGGACAAGUUUAGUGUGCAGAGGGCGAGUUCCCGCACCUCCUACAGCCUGCACAUCAGCCGCCUCCAUGCCUCGGACAACGGCACCUAUUACUGCUCUGUCUCCCAGUCCUCCCAGCUCCUCCUAGGCAGUGGGACAUGGCUCGGUGUGGUUGAUGUUUUGCCUCUGCCUCCGAAGACCACGCAGGCACCACCCCCUAAAAAGCCUGCGCGGUGCGUAACCAAAGGCAAAGCUAUCAGCAAGAAAGGUGCCUGCAGCCCCCUGGUCUGGGUCCCGCUGGCCGCUGGUGUCCUGCUCCUCCUGCUGAGCCUGGUCCCCACCGCCCACCGCCUCCACCGUAAGCAUCCUGCCGGCCACGGGGACGGCGAGGGGGAUGCCGAACACCGCAUCUUUACCCAAGAGGGUCCUGAUGACAUCACAUCCUCUCCGAAGAGCGACGCAGCCUCCCAAGUCAAGCGAGAAAGAUCACCUCCGCUCCGCCGCGCCGUCCCCGAGGUCGGCCACCCCUAG